AUGUCAGUACAAGCAGAAGCCUACUUUGAAACUCAAACACGAUUGACGGCCUGGACCGACGAGCUUGAAUUUUUGGGGUACAUCCUGUGCGAGCUUAUCGAUGCCGAUGGGUUGAGAACGAGAGGAUACCGGUGCCAUCAGGCAGCUGAUCUACCAGCUAUAGUUGAUAUCGUUCGGCUGCAAUUGAAAGAACCCAAUGGCAGCCUCGCCAGAGUUAUGAGAGAAGAUGAACUCAAAAACCUCCAUCAGUUAAUGAAGAAAGCGAAGCAGAUUCGAAACAAAAUGGCGCAUCAUUCAACUCAAGAUAAGAACGGACUUAAAACUCUUGAAAGCACGAAGCGGAGCUUGUGUGAUUUGCUUGAGUAUGCUAUCAGGUUGGCUGCAUUGGAGCGUGGAAUAAGCCAGGUUUGCUUUACUGUUAAACUAGAUUCCAAACCUGUACUAAUUUCGUAA